UUUGUUAUUUCUUUUUGUUUGAGAGGUUGAAACAUGCAUUUUAGUGAGAUGGUUUUUGAAGGCUUGUUUAAGUUAGUUAUAAUUGGCUUUACCUCUAUUGGGUUGCUACUUUGGUAUUGAAGGAAUAACCUUUGAGGUGGAUUAGGGAAUCAUUGAGUAAUUUUAAGGAGAUUAGGAAUGCAUGCAUGCCAAUCGGAAUGCGUUGCCACUGGGUUUUCAGAGCAUUUUGUUAGUUAGCUCUUUUUAUUGCCCGACUGGAGGUAGCUGAACCAUUAAAUGUGUGCUUUUCUAUCGCCAAAUUUGACUCAAUUUCUUUUUACUAGCCUAUGUGGGAUAUUUGCUUUCAAAGCUAUUUUAAGAAAAUUAAUUUAUCAUUUGAUUUUUGCCCUGUGAUUAUCGCAGGUUGGAACUGCUGUUGUCACUCGGAAAGAUGGGCGAUUGGCUUUAGGACGAUUAGGAGCCCUUUGUGAGCAGAUUCAAGAAUUAAAUACUCAAGGAUAUGAGGUUAUUUUGGUUUCUUCAGGAGCAGUCGGCGUUGGUCGACAACGGCUUCGAUACCGAAAGUUAAUUCAUAGCAGCUUUGCUGAUCUUCAGAAGCCACAAGUUGAGCUUGAUGGGAAGGCCUGCGCUGCUGUUGGACAAAAUGGUCUCAUGGCUCUCUAUGAUUCACUAUUCAGUCAGUUGGAUAUGACAGCAGCUCAGCUGCUUGUGACGGAUAAUGAUUUCCGAGAUCCAGAGUUCAGAAAACAACUCUGCCACACAGUAAAUGAUUUGUUAUCCCUGAAGGUGAUACCAAUAUUCAAUGAAAAUGAUGCAGUUAGUACUAGAAAAGCCCCAUACGAGGACUCCUCUGGAAUAUUUUGGGACAACGACAGUUUAUCAGCGUUGUUAGCUUUGGAGCUUAAGGCAGAUCUUCUUGUCUUGUUGAGUGAUGUAGAUGGGCUUUACAGUGGUCCUCCUAGUGAUCCAAAGUCGAAGCUGAUUCAUACAUACAUUAAAGAGAACCAUGAUGGAGCUAUCACUUUUGGAGACAAGUCUAGGGUAGGAAGAGGGGGCAUGACAGCAAAAGUCAAAGCUGCUGUUUACUCAGCUUCUGCCGGCAUACCUGUUGUUAUUACCAGUGGCUUUGCUGCUGAUAAUAUAAUCAAAGUCCUUCGUGGAGAGUGUAUUGGUACCCUUUUUCAUCGAGAUGCUCGUCAGUGGGUUCCAACUGGAGAAACUGGUACACGUGAGAUGGCAAUGGCAGCACGGGAAUGUUCUAGACGGCUUCAGGCAAUGUCUUCAGAAGAAAGAAGUAAAAUUUUGCUAGAUAUAGCCAAGUCGUUGGAAGACAAUGAAAAUAAAAUAUUGAGUGAAAAUGCAGCUGAUGUUGCUGAAGCUACAGAAGCAGGAUAUGAAAAAUCUUUAAUCUCUCGACUGGCUCUAAAGCCUGGAAAGGUUUCAAGUCUUGCAAAUUCAAUUCGUGUGCUUGCAAAUAUGGAAGAGCCAAUCGGCCGUGUACUAAAAAGGACAGAGCUUGCAGAUGGUUUCAUAUUAGAGAAGACAUCAUCACCUUUAGGAGUUCUUUUGAUUAUCUUUGAGUCACGUCCCGAAGCCCUGGUUCAGAUAGCUUCACUGGCAAUCCGAAGUGGAAAUGGACUCCUAUUGAAAGGAGGAAAAGAGGCGAAAAGAUCAAAUUCAAUUUUGCACAAGGUUAUAACUUCCUCCAUCCCAGAAAGUGUGGGCGAAAAACUUAUUGGACUUGUGACUACCAGAGAAGAAAUCCCUGAACUGCUCAAGCUAGAUGAUGUGAUUGAUCUUGUGAUUCCUAGGGGCAGCAAUAAACUCGUCUCUCAAAUCAAAGCAUCAACAAAAAUUCCUGUUCUUGGUCAUGCAGAUGGGAUCUGCCAUGUUUAUGUGGAUAAAUCUGCUGACAAGGACAUGGCAAAGCGAAUAGUUUUGGAUGCCAAAACAGAUUAUCCCGCUGCCUGCAAUGCAAUGGAGACACUUCUUGUUCACAAGGAUUUGGUACAAACUGGUACUGUCAAUGAACUAAUUGUGGAGCUGCAAAUCAAAGGUGUUACUGUUUAUGGUGGACCAAGAGCGAGCUCUCUGAUGAAUAUCCCUGAGGCACGAUCAUUUCAUCAUGAAUAUAGUUCUCUUGCUUGUACGAUUGAAAUUGUGGAUGAUGUUCAUGCUGCAAUUGAUCACAUACAUCGACACGGAAGUGCACAUACGGAUAGCAUUGUCACUAAUGAUUCAGAUGUCGCUGAACUGUUUUUGCAUCAAGUUGACAGUGCUGCUGUUUUCCACAAUGCUAGUACCAGAUUUAGUGAUGGUUUCCGGUUUGGACUUGGUGCUGAGGUAGGGAUCAGUACAAGUAGGAUUCAUGCUCGUGGCCCUGUAGGAGUUGAAGGUCUACUUACAACUAGAUGGAUUGCAAGAGGACAUGGCGAAGUAGUGAAUGGGGACAAGGGAAUUGUUUACACUCACAAGGAUCUAAUAGUUUGA